AUGGCUUCUGGACCAGACCCUGGUGACCGUUCCAGGUUUGCCAAACUAGGAAUGGCAAUAAACGAAGAAUUAACCCAGGCCUGUAGAGAUGUCUUAGAAAUGGAGGUACCUCCUGGUCUUGUCUACAACAAAGUGAAGUCAUCAUCGAUUUAUAAGAAAAUACGCCCCGAGCAAGAGCUUCGUCUCUUAGGCGCCAAAACAGAUGGUUAUAAAGAAUUUGAUAUUACAUUGUUAUAUACACUGAUAAGAAACAUAUGUUCAAAGAUUCCGCCUCCAACAAAGGGUUGGGGUGGAAACAAGAUGCCGUCAGUCGCAGAAACAACGAUCGGCGACGACAUUGAGAGAAUCAGGAUGAUAAGAAACAACAUGUCUGGACACAUCAGCUCGGCCUCCAUCCCACAGACAGAUUUUGAUGACACGUGGUCUCUCAUAACUGAUAUCUGCCAAAGACUACAAACGUACACAAAGAAGAACUACAUGUCUGGACUGAGUAAUAUUCAAAGUCAGGCCUUAGAAGAGGAAUACGAAUUAACAGUUAUAGAGAAACUUAGGGAAGAUUAUACCAUUAAUCAAUGUCUGCGUACAGAAAACCCACUGGUAAAAGAAAUUCUUGAGAACUGGAGAGAAGAUGACGUUGCCUUCAUUCCUACAAGAGCAAGUGAAGCGGUUGAGGAAAUGCUUAAAAGUCAUCACCUAAUCACGGUGGUUGGAAAUUCUGGUUCCGGAAAAUCUGCAAUAAUUCAACAUAUUGCACUCAUUAUGAAAGAGCGGGGAUGGAAUGUCACACCAGUGGAUAAGGUGGAAGAGAUUAAAAAGAUCUGUUCAUCCGAAGUCACAGAUCGUAUAUUAUUUGUAUUCAAUGAUCCUUUGGGUAAGGAAUCUUUAGAUGAAAUUUUAUAUCAUUCAUGGAAAAGUUUAGAGAAAACGCUGGAAAUUUGCUUGAAGAAAAAUAAACUAUUGAUAUCAUGUAGAAGAUGCGUAUUUUAUGACAAGAGAAUCAAGGGUAUCUUACUGGACGAAUCCAAUGCAGUAGAAAUUGACAACGAAACAAAUGGACUGACGGUUAAAGAGAAAAAAGCGAUUUUUAAUACGUAUUCACAGAGUCUGGGUUUAUCCCAAGAAGUUGUUUCUGAAAUAAUCAAAACAGAAGCUUACUUCCCAUUGCUUUGCAAGCUUUUUUCAAGGGAGGCAAACUACAAGGAAACAGGGGUUGAUUUCUUUAAACAUCCAUACAAAUUUGUUAAAAAAGAAAUUGAAGUUUGGAAGAAAACGGACAAGAAAAGAUUUUGCUCACUUAUCUUGUUAGUAGCAUUUAAAAACAAGUUGAAAAUCGAAAGUAUUGAUAAAAAUGAUAUGAAAUUUAAGGACAUUUUAGGAAUAUGUGAGCUACAAGAAAACACACAUAUUUCAGUCAUUCGUAGUACUCUACAAGAACUGAGAGGAUCUUAUAUCAAACGCGUUGGAAAUAUUUUCCAAUUCCUUCACGACUUUAUAAUGGAGAUAACGAUUCUUGUGUUUGGUGUCGAUUGUCCACAAGAGACAAUACAGUACGCAGACAGUGGUUUUCUGAGACGUCGGAUGAGGAUAGAAGACGAUACAGAAGAGGGAGAUCGUGAUCCCUUCACUGUUUAUCUUCCUGAAGAAUACAUAGGUGAUCUUGUGGACAGGUUUAUCAAUGACAUGCAAACAGAACACCUUGUAGAUGUCAUACUCAAUCCAUGUUUAAGGGAAAAAAGUGUUAUCAAAUCUUUUAAAGAAAAGGUGAACUCGGUCGGAAAUCUUCUUGUAAAAAUUAAAUGUGAGAAAGACAAUUCGGAAUUUGUAAAACCAAUUGAGAAGGCUUUUUUCUCAAGACUUGAUUUCCUUUUUUUGCAAGAUGAAAUAUGUCCUUUGGUCGGAUUAAUCGUAUUGUGUCAUAAUGAAAUUUCUUCAUUUUUCUUAAAAGAUAUCCCUGAAACAAAGCUGAUGGAAUAUCCUAUAUUCUCUGCUCUUUGUGCGAAUGGCGAUUUAAGCCUAAUGAAUUAUCUCAGCGAUGAAUAUAAACGAGCAGGAAUGAUGGAAACAUGGGGAAAAAUGUUACCAAUUGAAAUUGCUUCAAUAUUCCAUAAUUUUUUAAUAAUUGGGGAAUUAGUAAAACUCGGUGCUGACUUAAGCAAGGUCAUGACAAACGGGUGGAGUGCAUUAAUAUUAGCUGCUUUAAAUGAAGAAGGGGGCUUGAAGGAAGUUGGAAUAAAAACGGAAACAAGUGAGGUAGAAAGACGUAAUGCAACCAUUAUAUGCUUAUUGAAAAAUGGCGCCGACAUAAAUUUAAGUAAUAAUCAUAAAGUCAGUCCUCUUUAUGUAGCUUGUCAAAAUGGACAUGACAGCACUGUACAACUUUUACUGAACAAUGGUGCCGACAUCAAUUUAUGUGAUAAUGAUGGAGCCAGUCCUCUUUAUACAGCUUGUCAUAAUGGGCAUGAUAGCACGGUACAACUGUUACUGAACAAAGGUGCCGACAUCAAUUUCUGUGACAAGAAUGGAGUAAGUCCUCUUCAUAUAGCUUGUCAAAAUGGAUAUGAUAACACGGUACAACUGUUACUGAACAAUGGUGCCGACAUCAAUUUAUGUAACAAGAAUGGAGUAAGUCCUCUUUAUAUAGCUUGUCAUAAAGGACAUGAUAGCACGGUGCAACUGUUACUGAACAACGGUGCCGACAUCAAUUUAUGUGAUUAUGAUGGAGACAGUCCUCUUUAUACAUGUAUAGCUUGUGAAAACGGACAUGAUAGCACGGUACAACUGUUACUGAACAAAGGUGCCGACAUCAAUUUCUGUGACAAGAAUGGAGUAAGUCCUCUUCAUAUAGCUUGUCAAAAUGGAUAUGAUAACACGGUACAACUGUUACUGAACAAUGGUGCCGACAUCAAUUUAUGUAACAAGAAUGGAGUAAGUCCUCUUUAUAUAGCUUGUCAUAAAGGACAUGAUAGCACGGUGCAACUGUUACUGAACAACGGUGCCGACAUCAAUUUAUGUGAUUAUGAUGGAGCCAGUCCUCUUUAUACAUGUAUAGCUUGUGAAAAUGGACAUGAUAGCACAGUACAACUGUUACUGAACAACGGCGCUGCCAUCAAUUUAUGUAACAAGAAUGGAGUAAGUCCUCUUCAUAUAGCUUGUCUUAAAGGACAUGAUAGCACGGUGCAACUGUUACUGAACAACGGUGCCGACAUCAAUUUAUGUGGUAAUAUUGGAGUCAGUCCUCUUUAUUUAGCAUGUCAUAAUGGACAUGGUAGCACAGUACAACUGUUACUGAACAACGGUGCCGACAUCAAUUUAUGUGGUAAUAUUGGAGUCAGUCCUCUUUAUUUAGCAUGUCAUAAAGGACAUGGUAGCACAGUACAACUGUUACUAAACAACGGUGCCGACAUCAAUUCAUGUGAUAAAAAUGGAGACAGUCCUCUUUAUAUAGCUUGUGAAAAUGGAAAUGAUAGCACGGUACAAAUGUUACUGAACAACGGUGCCGACAUCAAUUUAUGUGAUAAUGAUGGAGACAGUCCUCUUUAUAUAGCUUGUCAAAAUGGACAUGAUAGCACGGUACAACUGUUACUGAACAACGGUGCCGACAUCAAUUUAUGUGAUAAUGAUGGAGACAGUCCUCUUUAUAUAGCUUGUGAAAAUGGACAUGACAGCACAGUACAAAUGUUACUGAACAACGGUGCCGAAGUCAAUUUAUGUAACAAGAUUGGAGUUAGUCCUUUGCAUAUAGCUUGUCUUAAAGGACAUGAUAGCACAGUACAACUGUUACUGAACAACAGUGCCGAUAUCAAUUUUUGUGUCUAG